GUCGCAAAAGGAUUAUCGUCAGUCCUGACGAGCAGAUAGCCUGCUAGGUUGACAUGCAAGCUCAGCAACCACGCUCCUGACCAAGCGAUUGGUUUUCCAAAGACAACAACGUAAACCGACGAUCUGAAGGGCGGACAUGUCCAUCGGAUACAAAAGAGUUUUGUCCUCUAUGCAUUUUAUCUGAAACUGGGGGAACACUGAGGCAAGAGAGAGCGAAUCUUGUGGUUUUGCGUCAGGGGGUGCGUCACGCUACUCGCCUUCUGGGAUGCGUAAGCAGCAAACAACAACGGAGCUCGCUUUAUUAUGCAUUUGUUUUCCCAGCACUACCGAAUCGUCGGCGACCGUAACAGGCUCAGGGUGCGCUCGUGUAGAUUUUGGGAUUACACAUGGUACCGACCUCGCCUUUGUUGGUGUAAUUAUCGAGGCGGAGUACUCAAGUAAGGAAGUGGGAUGUGGCCUGCCUGCAUUUCAUGUGGCUGGCUGAAAUGUGGAAAUUAUAAAAACAGCGCUUCAGAACGGCUGCAUGAUCAUAAUUUGGUUCUCAAACACCAUCUUCCUUUGAGGCAGCUCUGACUGAUAUCUUAGUACGACUUCGGAGACAUGUCGCGAAGUCUGUUUGGAUUCAUUCUUACAGUAUGUGAAUUAUAGCUAGCGAGCUUGAUGUCCACUCCCAUACGGACGAUCCAUUGAAACAUUCGAGUCAACAGUUACAAUGUCGACGCAGCAUCGCAUGAUGGACACCUCGCUGGCACUGGAGAGACUGGAGAUCACCGGUUCCGUGGGCAACAGAGGAACUUGUGUGCCCGGAUCUGUGAUGAGGGAGAAGACCGUACAGGCGGCCGCUCACACUCACCUGAAUGGAUGCGUGCCACUAACACAUCAGGUGGCUGGUCAUAAGUAUGGUGUAGACAAAGUAGGAAUUCUGCAACAUCCGGAUGGGACUGUCUUGAAGCAGCUUCAGCCUCCUCCGCGAGGGCCAAGAGAGAUGCAGUUCUACAGCAUGGUCUACUCAGAGGAGAGCGUAGACCCCUGCCUGCUGGACCUGCAGAGGUAUUUGCCCAAAUACUUCGGCCCCUGGUCUUCACCUGAUGCCCCUGCAGAGCUGUACCUGCGUCUGGAGGACGUGACGCGACGCUUCCGAAAGCCCUGCAUCAUGGACGUGAAGAUCGGCCAGCGCAGCUAUGACCCCUUUGCCUCCCAGGAGAAGCGGCAGCAGCAGAUCCGCAAAUACCCCCUCAUGGAGGAGAUUGGCUUCCUGGUGCUGGGCAUGAGGGUGUACAAACUGGACUCCGAUACCUUUGACACGUAUGACCAGCACUUUGGCCGAGGUCUUGAUCAGGAUACUGUGAAAGAAGGCCUCUCUAAGUUCUUCCACAACGGUGAGCGUCUGCGUAAAGAUGCGGUAGUGGAAAGCGUGCUUAAGGUGCAGCAGAUCUUGGGCUGGUUCGAGGAGCAGAAACGCUUCCACUUCUACGCCAGCUCGCUCCUGUUUGUCUACGAGGGCUCGCCGCCUCCCGCAGUAACCGCCGGCACCACCAGGGGCACCCAGGAGCCACUCAGCCCCGGGGGCGGCGAUGGUGAUGGUGGUGGUGGUGGUGGUGGUUGUGGUGAGAGACAGGUAGUCCUUGAGUACAACAACAACAUUGAGCAGAGCCUGUCCACCAUGUACGCCCUCCACAAGCAAGCCUGCACCCGGCAGCACCACGGCGCCAUGAUGCCCGACAAUGGGGCCUGGAGGCACCCAGCGACAGUCGCCCAGCAACCGAAUGGCAACCGCAUCCCCCACGGGCUGGAGAUGCUGAGCCAGGAGGGAGUGGACGGAGGAGACCGCGAGCACCAUAACGGAGCGGAGGAAGAGGAGGGCAGUGGGGGGAGGAGGAGGAGGAGGAAGACGCCAACGAGAGGGGUCAAGGCCGGCGGAGAGGAGGUAGAGGUGAGGAUGAUCGACUUUGCCCACGUCUUUCCCAGCGAGAGCUGCGACGAGGGCUACAUCUACGGCCUGAAGAACCUGAUCCGGGUUCUCCAGGAGCUACUGGAGGAGGUGGGAGAGUAGCAGCUCAACACAGGUCUCACCUUUUGGGACUCAAAUCUCACUCUCUCCACUCUCUCUCUCACACACACACACACACACACACACACACACACACACACACACACACACACACACACACACACACACACACACACACACACACACACACGCACGCACAGACCCCUCUUUGUGAAAAGUCCUAUCCUGUGGCACACGUUUGUCUGUCCAGUUGUACAUGGAGGCGUGGUAGUGGCCCCACACACACACACACACACACACACACACACACACUCCCCUUGCCCUAAACCUCUGCACUAUCAGCACUCAAACGGAAGGCAUUUCCUUUAUUGGUCUUAUAUAUUUGUUUUUGUGUGUUUGUGUGUGUGUGUGUGUGUGUGUGUUUGUGUGAGAGAAAGAGAGAGUAUUUGUUUGUAUGUCAGUUGGUUUGUUCUUUUCCGUUUAUACAUUUGUCAGUAUCUUACUCAGGUAAAAUGAUAUUUGUGUAUCGGUCCUUGGCAAAGGUGAAUUAUUUCCCGCCAAGCUUGCAGUUUGUCUCACUGUAACCUUUGACACUUUGCUUCCUAGUGCUCUUGUUCUAGUGUUUUUAAGAAGACUUUAUUUUAACCAAGUGUUUUUCUUUCCUGUUCAAAGGUCACAAUUAGGAAUGUGUGUCUCUUUUGUCCCAUAUUUGUAUUUGCUGCCAAAUUGACCCUGUCUUCUCAAUCAAAAACCCUUUUGAUGGUAAAAAUUGGUGAGGGUAGAAAUAAAUGUUAACGUUUUUUUUAAUUAUUAUUAUUAUAAUUUACUCACUUACGUACUUAUCAUUUGUAUAUACCAUUUAUACAAACAGUUAACCUGGUUUGUGUAGCUCAUACCCUACAUUAUAUGCAGCUUUGAUGGUUAUAAAAAUGAUAUAAAGAAUAUCAGGAGACUUGGUUUUAAGAAAUGCAAUCUAGAAUGUCCCUCUUGUUGAUACAGAGGCACUGCCAAAGGAGUUUAGGUUGGUUGAGGUGUAUGCAACAGAAUGUUACUGAUUUUUGGUCACCCCUCAUGCAAUCAGCGGUUAAUUUACUCACAGUGCUGCCCAGAACUGUCAUUGGUGGGGGUUCAUUACUCCAAAAAAAACUGAAGGUACACAUUUUUGUGUGAGAAGAGCCGUACAGUUUCAUCACGUUAAAGCUUUUCCCAAGCAAUUUAAAAAAUGAAAACAAAUUAUUGAGGCAGACCAUGCAGACAUUACUGUUUUACAUUUUUGAAUUUUCUUUUAAAUGCGGCAAGGAAAGCCAGAGUGAAGUGAAAGAAGGAGGGGCACAUGGAUUUCUGCUUGAAAUGUUGGUGACAGAAAAAAAAUACUAUUUAAUUUAAAUGUAAUGUGAUGUAAUGCAUAAGUAUGUUUUAAAGACAGGAAUGGCCAUUGAAUUCUAUGAUUAGUCUGAACUGAAAUGCUUGUAUGUUGGUCAAACAACAUGACAAAUUGAUUUAAGCUAUAAAAUAUAUCUUUAAGUUCAUGAUAUCCUUACUUAUAUCCUUGCUGUGUUCAGAGCAGUGUGUCAUUGCAGCUAGUUAUGUCAUGUCAGUGAAUGUCAAUAUCUCAAAACAUCUCAAACCCUUACUUUAGUGUGAAUGCAACAGGUAAUUUUGAUGUCUUAAAAAAAAAUAAUUCCGAUUAUAUAUUUUUUUUUUUUUGUUAUGAUUUUUAAAGAUUAUAUUUUCGGUGUUUAUCUUCAUUUACUGUUGUUUUGUUUUCUGUUGCCAGUAUAUGCACCUAGGGUCACCUCACUGUUCUUUGUGUGAAACAAGGAUUUUAUUUGAGCUUGUAGCCAUUUGAAACAUAAUUUUAGUUGGUAACAUUCCUGAUUGUGUGUGCCUGUUGAAACUUUAAAAAGCAUCUCGCAAAAAAAAUGAAAUAAUUUAGGAAUUCUGUGCCCUUUGAGGGCAUCUUACAAACUGCCUUGGUGCCUCUUGGAAUAGUGCAAAGUUAUUUCUACAGCUUAGAAUUUCAGAAUAAAAUGAAAAUAGAUAAGGCAGUUGCAAUAAGAGGUUCCAGUAUGCAAGGACUGAACUUAAAUAAGCCCUCGUAUACUGCAUCUUAACUUCAGUUGAAAACAUACUUUUUUUUAUCUGACAGCACUUUAUUGAAAAAGGCCGAGACAUCAGAGCAACAUGGCACAAGAUAUAAACACUAACAGUUUGUUGUUUCAAUGGUAAAUCAGCGCCACUUGCCUGGUUGACCAGGUUUUGAUUUGGAUGGGAAGUUUUGCUGUCAUACUGCACAGAAUGUAAUGCAUUUUAAUUGCCAAACUAUCUGAUAUAAUUCUGACCAGAGGUGCAUCUUUAUCCAAAGCAUUGCCGUGCAUCAUUGUGCAACCAUGGCAACACAGAAGUCAUGCCCUAAGUGAAUGUGCACCACUGGUUGCGAGGUUUUGGUUUGGGAACAGCAUUUUCUCUCACUGAUUCUCCUUAAAGAUAAUUUUGUUCCCCAGAUUUAGUGUCAACAACAAAUUUAACACAAGUAAUGAAACACAAGAAAGAAAGGCUGAUCUUAAGUGGAUGUCAUACCUUGACGUCUGUGUAAAGUCAUUUUUCUUAUUGUACAUGAUGCCCAUGUUGCUCUUACCAUGUCAUGUUGUAUGAUGGCCAUCAGAUAAAGGCUUUAUCUUUU